ACAAAUCGCAAGCUCAUAGAACUGAGAGAUGUUGGGCACUAAAGGGGGAGGAUCUCUAACUAAAAGAUCUUAUAGCAUAUAAUGUAUAUAUAUAACUAAAGCUGUUAUCAUUUAGCUUUGGAAAUGAACGUUCAGGCUGGGCUCUUUGUCAGUGUGAACAUCUAGGAAAGGGUGGACUUAGCACUUUGCCUGCCAGGAGUGAUCUUUGGGCUUAUUAGUCACACAGGGUCUGCCAUUGUCUAUGGCACACAGCCGUGGAGAAACAUUCUUGUCAAAAUUCUGAGAGAGUGGAAGUCUCGUUGGUUUUGAACUCUACUGUAACAGAUUGGUCCCUCUGACACUAGUCUGAAUACUUUUCUUGAUGUGGGAAAGUGUCGCAUUGAGAAAAAGCAGCACUGAAGAAAGGACUGACUCUAGACUGUAAAUCUCAUGAUGUGUCAUCCUCCAUAAUUUCUGAGGAAACAUACACAUACUGUAUCAUUGAUUGCAUAGUGAUAAUAAAAGAAAUUGCAAAUGUACAGCAAAUGUUGGGACUGGUUACACUGCAAAUGAGCUAGUCAGAGUGAGCCCUUUGGAUAACAGGACUUGUAAGGGGAGAGUUGACUGAAGUAUAAGAGUGAGUCAUACUGAUAUCGGGAACAUUUCACACUGAGCAAAGAGCAAAUGUAAAAGCCCUGAGGCAUCAGUGGAUUCGGUUCUUUUAACAUUGAAGAUGUGUCUUGGGCAUGGGAAAUAAAGACAUGAUAGACGAUGGACCACACAAGGAUCUCACAAGUUUGUUCUUAUGCCCAGUAGGUAUAAAGGAAAAUAAUCCUUAGCACAGCUAAGGAUGGAAAUUAUUAUGUGACAUGAAGUAAGAAUAAGGUGUUUGAAAUUAUUAUUGAAAGCCUUUUUUGCCAGGUGAUUGAACUUUCCUGUUUCUCUCCCUCUUCUUUUUUGUCCUUCAGUAUUUCAGUCUUCUUGGGCUGUCCUCGAUUUCUGCACAGGUUCCUUUUUUUUUUCCCCCUAUAUUUCUAUGAAUUUGUAAAGCAGCCUAAGAGUCUGAGCAAGAAGAGCCUCAGAAGUCAGGACAGGAAGAAUCCAGGGGAGCAGUGCAAUGGCUUCAAAAAUCCUGGUGAACCUAGAGGAGGAAGCAACCUGCCCCAUCUGCUUGGAGCUCCUGAUGGAACCCAUAAGCCUAGAUUGUGGCCACAGCUUCUGCCAAGCCUGUAUCACUGCAGAUAACAAGAAGUCCAUGGUCAGCCAAGAAAAGGAGAGCAGCUGUCCUGUCUGCCGGAUCAAAUACCAGCCUGGAAACCUACGGUCUAAUCAGCGUCUAGCCAGCAUGGUAGAGAGACUUAAGGAGGUGAAGAUGAGUCUAGAAAAAGAAGAGAAGGAAUAUUACUGUGUCCACCAUGGAGAGAAACUCAGGCUUUUUUGUAAACUGGAUGGGAAGUUCAUUUGCUGGCUUUGUGAGAGGUCUCAGGAGCACCAUGGUCACCCCACAUUCCUUGUGGAGGAGGUUGUCCCGGAGUACCAGAAGAACCUUCAGGCAGCCUUUGAGAGUCUUAGCAAGGAGCAGGAGAAAGCUGAGAAGUGGAAAGCUGACCUCAGAGAAGAGAGGGACUCCUGGAAGAAAUACAUACAGACUGAGAGACAGAGUGUCCGGGAAAACUUCAGUCAGCUGAGAAGUAUCCUGGACAAUGAGGAGCAGAAGGAGCUGGAGGAGCUGAAGAGCGAGGAGGAGAGUGUUAUGCAGAACCUGUCAGAGGCUGAAAAUGAGCUGGGCCAGCAGAGUGAUGAUGUGAAAAAACUCAUGUCAGAUCUGCAGCAUCGGCUACAAGGGACAACAAUGGAGAUGCUGCAGGUACGACUUGGGAGAGAACCUCUGUAUUUGAGAUUUGAGAAAAUUAAGACUAAAUGUCUUCUUUUCUGUGUCACUGAACUUUUUCUUGUGGUGCCGCUAAAGUUCAUUUGGUCCUAUGGUACCAGUUCCCAGCAUGUAUUCCAGAGAUUAUAGGAGUAAUUGACUGCAUGAAUACCAAAGGAAAAUCUCCUUUUUAUUGAUUUAUGAAGUGCAGUGAAAAAAUUUGGAGAAAUUGGAGAAAAGAUCCGUUGUAUCCAGUGACGUUCUCUGAGCCCCUGUUAUCUGUGAUCUAAUGUUGAACAUUUGUCCAACCCCUGUUCACUCAGUUUAAUCGCAGGCAAACAAAUACUCUUUGGAUUCCAAAGAUAUUUUUUCCUCUUCUGUCCUUGUAGGAUAAGUUGGAAUCUGUCCCC